UCAGAUCUGGAGAAAGAAGUUGGAUCCCUCAAAGAGAAAUCCAGAAACAGUAACAAGAGCUCAGAUGAUUCCAGUCUGAUCCAGGAGCUGACUGACAGGAUGGAUGCGUUGCUGCUGGAGAAAGCUGAGACUCAGCAGAGUCUUUGUGUUUCCCGUAAAGAUCUGGAGAAGACGAAGCAGCGAGCCGAGAGUGAUCUGGCGGAGCUGCAGGGAGAACUCCACCGGGUCAGAGAAGAUCACCAGAAGAAGAUAAAGAUCCUGGAGAGCAGCAUGGAGGACUCAAACAACAAACACCAAGAAGAAGUGGCUUUCUUCCAGAAACUCCUGAAGGAGAGAGAGGAGAGUGAUAGAGAGAGGGAGAGGGAGAGGGAGAAGGAGAAGGAGAAGGAGAAGGAGAAGGAGAGGGAUGGACGGGAAGAGCUCCUCCUCAGCCUAGAAGCUCAGCUGGAAACACUACGAGCUGAGCUGGAGGCCGUCCAGCAGAGGAGAUCCCAGGAGAUCUCUGAGCUGCAGGAGAGCCACCAGAGGGAGGUGACUGAGGCCCAGCAGGAGGUGGAGAACCUGAAGGAGGAGCUGGCUCAGAAGAACCUGCAGCACGAGGAGGAGAUGAGGAAUCUGGAGGACGACUGUGAGAUGGAGAGGGAGCGCCUCCUGCUGCUCCACGAGGAGCUGACGGAGCAGCUGGCUCUUAAAGACAGCUUCCUGCAGGACGUGCAGGAGGAGGACGAGGAGCCGGCCCGCGGCUCGGGGAUCGCCAGGAUGCUGGAGCUGUCGGCCGGCAGCCAGCAGGAGGCGAGCCUGGCGGACGGAGACGAGACGGAGAUCUCCAGGCUGAGAGGAGCUCUGGAGGAGCUCCAGGCCCAGAGCACCAUGCUGCAGGACGAGCUCACCCUGCUCAGCAACGUCAAGGAGGAGCUGGAGGCGGAGCUGGACCGCACCAGGGAGGAGUUCUCCACCGAGAGGGAGGAGCUGGAGUUCAAGAUCAACGAGCUGCAGAUGAGCCGCGACACUGGGACAACCCUGGACCCAGACCAGCAACCAGAGGCUCAGCAACCAGAGGCUCAGCAACCAGAGGCUCAGCAACCAGAGUCUCAGCAACAAGAGUCUCAGCAUCAGCAGCCUGGUGAGUCCAGAGGGUCUCAGGAGGAGCAGGAGCUGAAGGCUCAGUGUGAAGCUCUGACCAGAGACAGAGACUCGGUCCUGGCUGAGUGUGAACACCUGAAGGAGAUCCUGCGAGGUGUGGAGACGGAGCUGGACGAGAAGAACAAACAUUUCCUCCUCCAGUACGACGCCAUGAAGGAGCAGGGAGCCAAGAACCUAGAGGAGCUCCAGGAGAAGCUGGAGGAGCUGAGUCAGGAGAGAGCAGAGCUGGUGGAGAGGAUCAGAGAGCUGACGGAGGAGAAAAACUCUCUGCAGCUUGAAGCUUCAUCUGCAGCUUCUGAGGAGCAGAAGGAGCAAUCAGCUCUGAAGAAACGUGUGGAGGAGGUGAGCAGGCAGAAGGAGGAGGUGAGCAGGCAGAAGGAGGAGGUGAGCAGGCAGAAGGAGGAGGUGAGCAGGCAGAACGAGGAGGUCCUCUCCCAGCUGCAGAUGAAGGAAAACACCAUUCAAGACCUGAACGAGAUGGUCAACACGCUGACGGAGGAGAGAGACGAGGUCCAGUCGCAGCUUCAGAGGAGAGAAGAGGAGGUGCAGAAGAUGAAGAGUGAGGGAGCUACAGAGGUGGAGAGGCUGCUGGAGGAGAAGGAGAAGGAGAUGAAAAGCCUGAGAAAAGAGAAGGAGGACGAAGUGCAACAUCUAAAAGAGGAGAGGGAGAAGAUGAAAGAGGAAGUGGACCGAGGGCAGAAGUCACUUUCUGCUCUGGAGAUCUCAGUCAGAGAUCUCUCAGCUGAAAACUCAGACCUCCACCAGAAACUAGAGGAGGCAUCUUCUGGGCUCUCCAGAGCCGAGGAACAGACGGAGCUUCUGGGCUCCAAGCUGGCAGCGCUGGAGGCUCAGCUGGAGCAGGAGGCGUCUGAGAAGAAGAACCUGGAGGAGAAGUUGAGCUCCACCAUCACAGCUCUGGAGGAGAACCAGUCUGAAGGACUCAGAACCUGCACCGAACAGAUCGAGGAGCUCCGAGCACGAGUCAGUGAGCUGGAGGAGGAGAGGAACCUGUUGAGAAACAACCUGGAGGAGGCCCAGAGGGUCAUGGGGUUAGAGGAGGUGGAGAAGGAGCUCCAGGCCCGGAUCACAGACCUGGAACAGGAGAGGAGCAUGUUGAGGAACAACCUGGAGGAGGUGGUGAAGGACACUGAAGGGCUGCAGAAAGACCUGCAGGACAUGAAGUCAGUCAAUGAGAAGAUUCAUGAGGAGAACCAGAAACUGCAGGCUCAUAUUUCUCUGAUCAGUCAGGAGAAGGAGGAGGAGAAGGAGGAAGGAGACAUGGAGAAGAUGGAGAAGAUGGAGAAAGAGCUGAGAGAGCAGCUGACAGAGAAGGAAUCUCUCAUAUCUCAGCUGAGGAGCCAGAUGGAUGUUCUCCAGGAGUCUGCUGCCCAGUCUGCUUCCUCUGAGGAGACCACACAGACAAUAGCUCUCCUCCAGAAGGAACACAAAGAAAAGGAUGAGAAGAUGAAUAAAAUCAAGGCCGUUGCCAUCAAAGCAAAGAAGGAGCUGGAGAUCAGUCGGAGAGAGGUUUCCUCCCUCAAGGAAGAAGUGGAGUCACUGAAAGCAGCGAGGGAGAAAGUCAACAGCUCUAUGAAAGACAUCAUCCACGGGGCUGAAGGCUACAAGAACCUGCAGAUAGAUUACGACAGGCAGACAGAGCGACUGGAUAAAGAGAAGGAGAAGGUGGAGGAGGCCGAGAGACAGAUCGCUGAGCUGACCAGACGACUCAGCACUGCUGUCACACAGACGGAGACUCUGAGCAGUGAGAAGGAGGACCUGCUGGCUGCCAUGGAGACCCUGAGGAGCACCGUCAGGCAGCAGGAGAACCAGAACCAGGAGCUGCAGAGACAGGCAGCCGGUCUGGACAGAGACCUGGUGGCUGAGAGAGCCAUGAAGGAGCAGAAGACCAAGGACUUGUCGUCUGCUACCAAGGAGCUGGAGGAGCUAACAGCUCAGCUCCUCAAGCAGCAGCAGCAGUCCCAGCAGAGCAGCCAGGAGCUGGAGCAGCUCCGCAAGGAGGCGCAGCAGAGCUCCCUGAUGGACAUGGAGAUGGCCGACUACCAACGUCUGGUCAAAGAUCUCAACUCCAAACUGACGGAGAAAGACGAGAGUGAGGAGGAGUUACAGGCCCAGAUUAGCACUCUGAGCCAGCAGGAGGAGCAGCUGAGGCAGGAGAUCGAGGCUCUGAAGUCCCAGGUGGACCAGGGGGAGGAGAAGACCUCCAAGAUGAAACAGAUGCUGGUGAAGACCAAGAAGGAGCUCGCUGAUAGCAAGAUGCAGGAGAGCUCCCUGAUGAUGCAGCAGGCGUCUCUGAAAGGAGAGCUGGAGGCGAACCAACAGCAGCUGGAGAGCUCCAAAAUGGAGGUGUGUGACCUGGCGGCGGAGCGCCACCGUCUGCAGGAGCAGCUGAGGUCUGUGACGGAGCAGCAGCAGAGGAGCAGCACCUCCCUACAGCAGCACAUCAGGGAGCUGCAGCAGGAGAGAGACACUGCUAGGGCUGAGCUCACAACAACAGCUGCAGAGUUUGAGGGUUAUAAGGUUCGAGUCCACAACGUCCUGAAGCAGCAGAAGAGCAGAAGCACGGCGCAGACUGAAGGAGACUCUGGCAGGUUGGAAAGGGAGCAGCUGUCCUCCCAGGUGGAGCAGCUGAGGUCCAGGCUGGUGGAGAACCAGCAGAGCCUCCAGAGCAGCGCUGCAGAGCUGCAGCAGCUCCAGACUGAACACGACACUCUGCUGGAGAGACACAACAAGAUCCUGCAGGAAACCGUCAGCAAGGAGGCCGAGCUCCGGGACAGGCUGCUGUCGGUGCAGGCGGAGAACGUGUCCCUGAGGGCGGAGGUGUCCCAGGCCCAGGCCGACCUGGCGUCCCAGGUGGAGAACCAGAGACAGACGUACCGCGAGCAGCUGAGGAAGCUGCAGGACGAGCAGCGCUCCACGCUGGAGACGCUGCAGGGCCAGCUGAGCCGCGUGGAGGAGCAGCUCUUCAUCCAGAGCCACAACAGUUCAGCAGCGGUCCAGUCUGGACGGAAGCCCUCAGACCUCCAGCGCAGCAGGAACCUGGACCAGAACCAGAACCAGAACCAGAACCAGGCAGCACUGGGAGUGAUGGGCCUCAGCGAGCUCCAGUCCAUGGCCCGGGAGGAGGGAGAGGGCAUGGAGACCACCGAGACCGAGAGCCUCCCUCCUGGAGGAGGUCCCACUGCCCUGCCCUCCCUGGAGCAGCUGCUCUCCUCCCCAGACCCCAAACAGGAGGCGUUUGUGUGGACCGUGGAGCCGACCCGAGAGGAGCUGAGUCAGAAGUUGAGUACAGCAGAACGCAGCAUGGAGCACAUGAACAUCCUGCUGCACGAGACGGAGGCUACCAACGCUGUCCUGAUGGAGCAGAUCACUCUGUUGAAGAGCGAGGUGCGUCGUCUGGAGAGGAACCAGGAGAGAGAGAAGAGCGCGGCUAACCUGGAGUACCUGAAGAACGUCCUGCUGCAGUUCAUCUUCCUGCAGGCCGGCAGCGAGAGGCAGAGCCUGCUGCCGGUUAUACACACCAUGCUGCAGCUCAGUCCAGAGGAGAAGAGCAGGCUGGCUGCUAUAGCUCAAGGUCAGGAGGAGGCCUCAGCAGCUCGGGGGUCUGGAUGGAGCUCCUACCUCCACAGCUGGUCUGGGAUCAGAUGAAGACCAGGACCGGAGC